AUGGCCAAGAGCUCAAAGGAGCACGGGCAAGUCAGAACGUACUCGAUCUCCAAGCUGUGUCUUCUACUCUUCACCGUUGAGCUCGACCGUCGUCUGAAAGCUGCAGGAAUUGAGAAUAUCACGGCGGCUGCGGCUCAUCCUGGAUACUGUGACACCAAGAUCAUGAAGAAAACGGCUGAAACCAACAGCAGUUGGUUCUGGUGGUUGAAUUUCCAUGUCUAUGGGAUGUUCCCGCCUCAGAGCGCUCCGAAAGGUGCGCUGUCUGCGCUGUAUGCUUCCACAGCUGAUGGGGUGAAGGGCGGUGACUUUUAUGGGCCCAAGUAUUUGGAAGUCUACGGUCACCCCGUUCGUGAGGAACCUGCUAAGCUAAGCAAGUCUGAGACGGCAGCUUCCAAGCUGUGGGCGUAUAGCGAGGAGCUGACGCAACUUAAGUUCGACUUCGCUCAGUAA